UGCCGCCCCUGGCUUUGCAGGACGUCAGCGAAGACUGCAGGGGCCUGAGCCUCCGCCGCCGCCUGCAGCCCCGCAGCCGCUCCUGGGGCCCGGUCGCCAGUGCAGUCGCCAGGGUCGCCGCCGUCAGCGUCGUCUCAGCUCGGAGCGGGCAAGUGCCCACCCCGUGCUGUGUCCUGCUGCACGCCUCAGGCCCUCUGCGCCCCGCCCUGCAGAUGGCAUCGGCCACAGACUCGCGCUAUGGGCAGAAAGAGUCCUCCGACCAGAACUUCGACUAUAUGUUCAAGAUCCUGAUCAUUGGCAACAGCAGCGUUGGUAAGACCUCCUUCCUCUUCCGCUAUGCUGACGACACCUUCACCCCGGCCUUUGUCAGCACCGUGGGCAUCGACUUCAAGGUCAAAACUAUCUACCGCAACGACAAGAGGAUCAAACUGCAGAUCUGGGACACGGCAGGGCAAGAGCGGUACCGCACCAUCACCACAGCCUAUUACCGGGGCGCCAUGGGUUUCAUCUUAAUGUAUGACAUCACCAACGAGGAAUCCUUCAAUGCAGUGCAGGACUGGUCAACUCAGAUUAAAACUUACUCAUGGGACAAUGCCCAGGUGCUGCUGGUGGGCAACAAGUGUGACAUGGAGGAUGAGCGAGUGGUGUCGUCGGAACGUGGUCGGCAGCUUGCUGACCACCUGGGGUUUGAGUUUUUCGAGGCUAGCGCCAAGGACAACAUCAAUGUCAAGCAGACCUUUGAACGUCUGGUGGAUGUGAUCUGUGAGAAGAUGUCGGAGUCGCUGGAUACUGCUGACCCCGCAGUCACAGGCGCCAAGCAGGGCCCGCAGCUCACCGACCAGCAGGCACCUCCUCAUCAGGAUUGUGCCUGCUGAGCACCCCCACACCAGGGGCCAGUCCCCCAUCCCAUCACCCUAUUUAUUAUCGUAGCUAUUUAUUUAUUUAUUGAGGAUGCUCCCUGGGCGCGUCCCCCAUCCCCCUGUACAUAUCCCCACCCCGCUCUGCUGUGGUGUGCUGUAGUCCCUGCUCCCACCCUUUGAGACACCCCCCUUUUGGUUUUGUAAGCCGCCCAUCCACAGCUGUUGGUCGUGAACAGGGGACCAGAUGUCACUGCAAAACAGGCUGGUAGGCUGAUGGGAGAUGUCGGGGCCUGCCAGCUGAGGCUGGGGGACUGCCAUGUGGCAUCCAGCUUGCCUGGGCCUCUGCCCCGUGCUACUUUAUCUUUGGGAUAGAUAGUAUGCGGGGAAUAUACUCACUCUCACUGCUCUGGGAUGCCCCAAACUAGUUCUGACGUCAUGAGUGUCAAACGUGUCCCCCAAUUACCUACAAGUUAUGAGCACUACACACCGUUCAAUAAAGCGAAUGGACCUUGCUGAGU